AUGGUUACCGAAGUCGUUGUCUUACCUUCCUAUACUACUAUCUCAGUUUGCAAUGCUGGUCUUCAUGGCAGUGUUCAUACUGAUAAGAAAACUCUCUCCCAACCGCUUGACAAUAAUAAUACCAAAAUAGACAUUGAUAAUAAGACUGACGAUGAGUUGAUCAAGUUGAUUCAAAUAGAGAGAAUUCAUCCCGGCGACAAUAAGCAUUUUCCAACAAAGGACUCAAUUGUUCAAAUAAACUACACCGGUUAUUUUACAAAUGGCAAAAAAUUCGAUUCGUCCUUUGACAGAAAUCAGCCAUUUUCAUACAAAAUCGGUUCCAACUAUGUUAUUAAAGCCUGGGAAUUAAUUAUUCCAACUCUAAGUUUGCAUGAAAAAAUCAGAAUCUUUAUCCCAAAUCAAUUAGCUUAUGGUGAAAAGGGUUUUCCUGGUUAUAUCCCACCAAAUAAAAAUUUGAUAUUCGAUAUUGAGUUAAUAAAUAUCUCCUAUAAUCUUGACAACAAUAAUUGCAAUGACAUUCAUAAUGAUAAUUAUAAUUAUAUCUCAAAAAAAACGGUUUUCCAAUUAUAA